AUGUACCCUCCGUCACCGCUUCUUUCAACACCCUUCUCGUCAGCCCGACCCUCUUCCCCUCUGGAGGUCCCGGAACUACUCCAGCUCAUCUUCUCCUUCCUCAACCAACGUGCACUCAGGACCGCCAUCCUCGUCUGUCGCCAAUGGUUCUUCCUCAACCAGCACCGCCUCCACCGAGAAGUCAUCUGGGAUUUUGGCUGGAGGCACUCCUCGUCACUGCAAACGCUUGGUCGUCUUGGAGGCGCCGAAAGCCUAAUCCUCGGCAACAACCAAAGGAAGAUCGAUUGGAAAAGUCUAGAUGCGGACUGUCUGCUUAGGUCCGUCCACCCUUCAGGAAUCGAUCCCGCAGCACGCCUCAACAUAGCAGUAGGAUAUUUAGUCCGAACCAUGACUGGAUCACACCCUGUCAAGGAACUCUACAGUCCCCUCCGUAAACUGGAAUUGAAAAGCGACUUUACAGAGGACUGGAUCAAUAAACUGAGUCUCCCCUCAACAUUGACCAGUCUAAAGAUCGACAAGACCUGGAAGUUCGAAAUAGAUGUCGCUCGCAUUCUCAUCAUCUGUCCGCUCUUGGAGUCUUUGGAGUUGUGGAGCUAUUAUAAUGUCAUCGCCCAAGGCCCGUAUACCGACCGAGGCAAGGACGUUCUCCCGGCUCGUUUGCCACUCCGGUCCCUGGUCCUCACUCACCUUCGAGCCCCGCAGUCAUGGAUUGAGGACCUGCUCUCAGUUACGCCUGAUCUCGAAACACUCAAGCUUAUUGGACACGAAAAGUAUUACGCCGAGCGCAUCACGGAGCACUGGGACUGGGAUCGAUUCCGCGCCCAUCUACAGUCGCUCUCGCUCCCGCGCAAGCAGCUCCAUUACUCAGAGCAUUGGCACCACCGCCAUGACCUCCUACCACUCGAAGCGGACCUGACCAUCUGUCCCAACACCAAGGAGCGUACCUUCUUAUACUACGACCUGACACCCAGGGUUGCCGCCUUCCUGAAGGAGCAGCCAGUCUUCCUGACCUCGCUCGAGAUACUGCAGCCCAAGUACGUGCAUUGUGUUCGCGACGGCUGGACACAGUACGAGAAACUUCCUUUCACUGCGCGACCGCUGCACGAGCUCCUAUGCGAGUCCCCCAAUUUUCGACACCUCAAAACCUUGAAGAUGCAUUACAUGACCGAUUUUAUGGAUGUGUAUCGCCGCAUUCCUUUGUAUCCGGCAUCAGAUAGCCAAGAACAGGAACAACAGCAGGAACAGGAUACGCCACCCCCAAACGUUCCAGGAAUAUGGAUUUGUCGCGGCCUGGAGACACUACACCUGGAACUACACCUUCAUGAUCCAGUACUCGAGAAGGGACCUCAUCACACUAGGAUCCUGUACGGCUAUAUCGCCGCUGUCUGUCCACAGCUCAUCAACCUCCGGAUCCGAUUCCCACACUUCUGUAGUACCAACGACAGGGGGAUGGAUGUAAGGUACCGUCCAUACGUCCUGGAGGGAGGGCUGUGUCUCCUUGCGAAGCUCAGGUAUCUAGAGCGUCUCUGGAUUGUGCACUUAAAGUUUGUGUGCAAGAACGCCUCUGAGCUGAACUGGAUAGCGCCAUCUGGACGGACCGAUGAGCAUCGAGAAAACAGAAGGGAUGUCAUUGAUGGCUGGGUAGUGAAGCUGAGAGAGGAGGCCAUGAAGGAAGGUAGUCGUCAGGAGGAUAACGCAAAAAUAGCGGACGAAAUUCUUGGACCACGAGCUGGCGACGAAAAGUUGAUGGGUGGGCUGAGGAACCUGGGCCUCCUUCAAGAUGUGGUUGACAUGGUUACAGAGAUGGACACAGAUGGGUACAGUAUUCUUCCAGAGUUGUACAAAGUCGCCUGUGGUAUGCAUUAUGAGCAAAACCCGGAAAAGGAGAUGCGGUCGCUUUUCUAUUCUCCUCCAGCAGGACUGACAUCAAGGUUGCUGAACUGGGUAUCAUCCUGA